AUGCUGUCCAUUCGCGCCCUCAUCCUCGCAGCCAUCCUCUGCAUCCUCGGCGUCUCGGCGCUCGAGGCUUCGUCCAACGCAACGUCCUCCAUUGCUGGCGCCAAGUGCGGCAAGGCGUACGGCUGCUGCGGCACCCGCGUGCGCAAGUCGUGGGACGCCCUCGACGCGGACGAGAAGGCGACCUUCAAGAGCGCGGUCGCUCUCGCCAUGGACAAGGGUCUCUACGAGCGCUUCGUGUCGAUGCACCGCGAGAUCCUCUCGCACGCGUCGUCGCACAACACGUGCGGGUUCCUCUUCUGGCACCGGCAGUACCUCCUCGGCUUUGAAAACAUGCUGCGGUCGCUCAAACCCGAGUUUGCGUGCCUCACGCUGCCGUACUACGACUUUGUCAACGACAACGUCAAGUCGCUCGCAGGCGAGUGCAAGGACAUUGCGAGCUGCUCGUCGAUCGUCAACGAGCUCGGGAGCGCGACGCCGUCGAUCUGGCCGCACGUCUCGCUCAUCAACGGGUUCCCGGUGCCCGGUCGCUGCGACAAGGCCGCGCCGCUCAACCACUAUUGCCAGUGGCAAAACCCGAGCUCGAUCUUGUGCUCGCGCUGCGUGCCCCGGGGUCCGUACCACCUGACGCGCUUCCCGUGCUCGGUGACGCCGACGAACCUGCGCCGCAUCCUCUUCAAGAGCGCGAGCUUUGGCGACCUCAACCGCCGCCUCGAGUGGGGUCCGAGUCUCUUUAUGCACUUUCACUUGCUCGGCGCGCUCGCCAACCCGUGGGUCGGUCCCUCGGACCCGCUCUUCUUUGCGCUGCACGCCACCAUCGACGCGCUCCACACCAUGUACUACAACUGCCGCGUGCGCCCGCUCGAGCUCGACGACGCCGCCAAGCAGACCAACCCGCUCGUCUUUGAAGGCUGCAAGAUCGGCGGCAUCUUCCCCCUCACCUCGACCUCCAACGUCAAGAUGAACGCGAUCACCAACGGUCUCUCGGUCGUCGACGUGCGGUCGCCAGCCCAGAUCACCGCGCCGUUCUUCAAGGACAUUCCCAACAAGAUGUACCAGCUCGCCGACACGACCGACCUCGGCGACAACAGCUACGAGUACGAGUUUACGGGGCCGCUCCAGGUGCUCGCCGAGACGCCGUGCGCGGUCGUGCACUCCGAGUCCAACAUCACCGAGAUCACUGCGACGCCCAACAAGGCCACGGACGUCUACUUCAAGUGGCGCGCGGCCCUCGCGGCGCAGUGCACGCUCCAGGGCCUCUCGUCGCUCGACUGCGAUGUCGAGAUCGAAAAGGUGCUCGUGCUCUACUACCACAACUGCGUCGCAGGCGGCGCCGUCGACCUCUCGGCGUCCUUCAAGCUCGAGUGGGGCAUCUCGGCGCUAUCGGACCAGUUGGCGUCGCUCCACGCGCUCCUGAGUGGCCAAGCGACGAUUGCGCUGCAAGCGUUUGGCAACAUCAACGAGCAGUUCUUCAAGUGCCGCGGUGACACGUACUAA